AUGUGUAGCAGAGCACAAUCUAUAUAUGUUCAUAUGAUUUCACGAUUAUCAAAUAAUUUAUUUAAGACUGGAAAAUUAGAGAGUGAAACCUGUAAUACUGUACUAUUUCAACGUGAUAGUCACUUUGCUUAUUCGACAACAAAUGGUCUUAGUUUACAUCUUGAUUGUAAUAUGACUAAUGCAACUCAACACUCAUCUUAUUUGAGAACUAUUAAUAAUCAAAUGCAAAUAGGAUGGAUAUUUCCAUUUAGUUUUAUUGUAGAUGAAGUUGAAAUACGUGUUCAUCCAUUAAAAUCCUUUCUAUCAGGAAGUUUCAAUCAUACUCAUAUUCAGAAUUUAUAUACUCCAAAUAAAUUGAAUGGUAACUAUUCAAAAGCAUUUGUAGCUUUCAUAUCUCAAGGAUGUUUACUUCUAAUGUACGUCGUAUGGCUGGAUAUAUGCCUGGACAGUUUACAUAUUUAUACACAUACGAACAUACGUUAG